CUUUAAACCAAACAUGAAAUUUUCUUAUAUUUGAACGACAACCGCUCAUCAUUUUUGUUUUUUUCCACAAUAUUCCACACUAAUUAUUUUUUAUUUGAUUUUUUCCACUUGCUUUUAACUUCUUUUAUACUGCACACCGCUUACAAGUAUCUGUCAACUGCUUACUGUUUUAUUUUUUACUUUUUAGUAUUUGCCUUUUGUUUCAAACGCACAACCCAGCUUUCGUACCAGCACACACUCACGCCCACGCACGACUCGCCAGUCUAUCCAAUACAUACAAAACCCCCAACCAGCACUCUCUUUUCAAUUAUUUCUUUUACAAUAAUGACAGCAAACAGCAUCCUGAAUAACCGCACCAACUGGCCCGACAUAUUUGAGCGUGAUGUAUGCCCAAUUCCUAAACCACACAUGAUCAGCAUGAGCCUCUUAUUAGCCAACGACAACGACACAUUCACAAGCAGCCUGGUUGGCUCAAAUACGCCCGCUGGCAAAUACAAUCGCCGCCGCGUUGCCAGCCACGCCACAGCAUACUCCGGAACAAGUACAGUAGUCAACUGCCACCAGGGAAUGGAUGUGAAGAGCAGCGAAUCCGAGGAGCAUAACAGUGAUGACUCGAAGAGCUUGACAGAUAGCAUAUCCAGUGAUUGCAAAGCCACGCUUGUGCACAACAACCGCCUGCACAAGAGUCGCAGCACGUCUAUGACCAGACUGAGGAAAAUGUGUUUAUUUGUUAACUUGCAAGCCAAUGUCGCAUAUUGGCAAUGUUACAACUGUUUGGCCCUGGGAGCUUAAAUUUUAAUACCAAUUUUUAUCUUUCGAAUAGCAGAGGAUAGAGAAAU